AUGUCCCCAUUUAAACCUUUCCUAAGCCCGAAAUGCGUUUUCAAAUGGACACCGGAACUUGAGUCUGCGUUCAAUUCAUCCAAAGGGAUCAUCAUUGAUGCCAUACGCCAUGGUGUCGAAAUAUUCGAUCCGUCGAGAUUGACUUGUAGAAGAUCGUACUCGCUGGAUCCCGUUUCCUCUCACCUAAGGUACGCACCGAUCAAAGGCGAAUGCCUUGCUGUCGCUUGGGGUUUAGAACAGACCAAGUACUUUACACGAGGAUGUACUAACCUCGUGGUAGUGACUGAUCACAAGCCCCUAGUUAAGAUGCUUGGUGAUCGUACACUCGACGAGAUAUCGAACUCAAGGAUAUUCCGGUUGAAGCAGCGGACCCUACCCUGGUGUUUCAAUGUAGCUCACUUACCUGGAAGGACUAGCGGAGCGGCUGACGCAACGUCACGAUAUCCUUCCUCUGCAUACGACUCAUCUCAGGAACCAUACGACGACGAGCACAUACUCGCUGCUUCCAUCCGUCACAACUCAUUAUCCGUUGUAAGCAUAUCCUGGGACACUAUUGCAACUGAAACCUCAAAAGACCCAACUAUGCGUCAGCUUCGCGAAUCCCUUGAGAACAGUUUCCAGGAUGGUGACUGUACCCGUCGUGUCAAAGCGUCCCAAUUUUGGCAGUACCGCGACUCCCUUCAUGUACUUGAUGACUCAAUUAUGUACCGAGACCACGUUGUCAUUCCUUCAUCAUUGGGCGGUAGAGUGCUUCAGGUGUUGCACUCAGCACAUCAAGGUGUAUCAGCGAUGGAAUCUCGUGCCAGGCCGAUCGUUUUUUGGCCUGGUAUGACGAACGACAUUCAAGCAAUCCGUCAUAACUGUAAAUCGUGCAACCGAAACGCCCCAUUCACAAGCAGCUACACCUCCUGUACCGGCUACUGUACCUUCGACACCGUUCGAAUCAAUCUUUGCAGAUUUUUUCGAUUUCAUUGUUUUUCACUACUUGCUGGCAGGCGAUCGUCUUUCCGGCUGGGUCGAAGUCUUCAAGGCUCCACAAAGCACAGCCCUGCUAACGGUCUUAUUUCUGCCCUCCGUAAGUUAUUUGCUACCUUUGGAGUUCCAGAAGAACUAUCCAGUGACGGAGGGCCGGAAUUUUGUGCAACGCACACAUCGACGUUUCUAAAGAAUUGGGGAGUUCGUCAUCGCGUAUCAUCGGCCUACUUUGCACAAUCAAAUGGUCGAGCUGAGGUUGCGGUAAAGAAAUGUAAACGUCUCCUAAUGGAAAAUAUUAAUCCCAAUGGAUCUCUGGAUAACGAUGGUUUCCUGCGCGCACUAUUGCAAGUCCGGAACACACCAGAUCCCGAUUGUAAUAUUUCGCCAGCGGAGGUAGUCUUCGGCAGACCGAUCCGUGACGCAUUCUCUUUCGUCAAUCGACAAGCCAAAUUUUAG